AUGAAUCUGUCGCUGGUUGAUCCCUUCAUCCUUGCGCAGGACUGUCCUGAGACCUUGACUGGGAAACUCCGCAGCGGGUCCUCUUCGCAGAUACGCUUCAACUACCGCGGCGACUUGCUUGCGUCCGGCAGGACCGAUGGCAUUAUCUCCAUAUUCGACACCGAGACCUGCGGUGUCGCUCGCAAGCUGAGGGGCCACACUGCUGCGAUAGCAACCCUUAGCUGGUCCAAGGACGGCCGCUACCUCCUCAGCGCAGGCUCCGACUGCAAGUGCGUCCUCUGGGAUCUGCAGGACGGCUCCAGGCUCCGCACAGUCCGCUUCGAAGCGCUCAUCUACACCGCUGAGCUGCACCCUUCGAACCACUUCCUCUUUGCCGUUAGCUUGCUUUCUGCCCCAGCUUUGCUCGUCGACGCCUCGGCCGAGAUACCCAAGAAGCAUGCGCUGCCUCUGAAGCUGCUGCAGCCAGGGAGGAGGGAAGAGGAUGGAUCCAAGAAGGCGGCGAAGCCCCACACGACGGCCGCUGCCUUCAUCAACUCCGGCGACUACCUUCUCACAGCGACGUCUCAAGGGCGUUUGAACAUCAUCUCCACUGCCUCCUGUGAAGCUGUCCUGUCCUUUCAGCUCUCGAGCGCGCCGAUUACAACCAUGCGCCUGACGAACUCAGGUCGGGCCGUUGCGGUUAACUCCGCCGAUCGUGUCGUGCGAACGCUUCACCUCCCAGACUUUUCGGAUGAGAAGCUGGAUGUUGGAAACUUGCGCUUGGAGGUGGAACACAAGUUUCAGGACGUCGUGAACAGACUACGCUGGAACUAUGUGUCACUGUCUCCCACCGGCGAAUAUGUCACGGCAAGCACAGGUGACAAUCACGACAUCUACGUCUGGGAGAGGGGUCAAGGCAGCCUCGUCAAGAUUUUAGAACAUUCAAAGGAGGAGCUCUACACUGUAGAAUGGCACCCAAACAAGCCCCUAAUCGCAGCUGCGGGCUCAGAGAGUGGUCGGAUUUACCUGUGGUCUAUCGUCGCGCCUCAGCGUUGGUCUGCACUUGCGCCCGAUUUCGUGGAAGUGGAGGAAAAUGUGGAGUACAUUGAGAGAGAGGACGAGUUUGAUAUCCAGCCGCUCGAAACCUUGCACAAGCGUCGGCUCGAUGCUGAAGAUGAAGACGUGGAUGUGCUUACGGUUGAACCACCAAAGGCCGGAGGAAGCGAGUGGGAAGGUGCGUUCAAGAUGCCGGUUCUUCUGGAUAUUGAGGACAGUGACAGCGAAGAUGAGAUUGAGGCAGUCGGAGCCGGACAAUAUCGAAGGAAGAGCCCCGGCAGAAACAAGGAAUGGAUGGAGGGAGGGAGUGGUGAUGAGAAGAAAGUAAAUGGCACUGCAAAAGCGAACGGGACGAAGAGGCGGCGGGGAGAUUGA